GGCUGCCUCGGGAGACGGCGGAGCGGGCGGGGUGGGCUGUCGGCUUCAGGCCUCGCGUCCACCUGCCCACCCGCUCCCACUGCGGUCGGUCGGCGGGGUGUGCGCCGGGCCGGGCCCAUGGCGGCGUCGGCGGCCCUGUCUGCGGCGGCGGCAGCUGCCCUGUCGGGCCUGGCGGUGCGGCUGUCUCGCUCGGCCGCGGCCCGCGGCUCCUACGGCGCCUUCUGCAAGGGGCUCACACGCACGUUGAUCACCUUCUUCGACCUGGCCUGGCGGCUGCGCGUGAACUUCCCCUACUUCUACGUCGUGGCCUCGGUGAUGCUCAACGUCCGCCUGCAGGUGCGGAUCGAGUGAGCGCCCGCGACCACCGCCGCCCGGCCGCGACGGCAGGGGAGCCGGCAUGAGGCUCCGCGGGGCCCGGGGCCGCCAGGACGCGGCGGGGGAAGGAGGAGGGGCGGCCCGGGCCCCCGGACCCUAGACCUCGGCGGAGGCCACGGCCACCGAGCCCCAAGCCCCGGCUCUGGCCACCCACGUCGCGGCCGGUGACGAACUGCACAGAAACUGGCGAAACGGGCCCUUUCCAUCGAACUCGAGAAAAUGACUUGAGUGCGGCCGACCUGUUGCCUCACCUUGGCCGAAGGGGGGAGCGGAAGGAAGAAAUUCUGCAGCAGGAACGUGAAUGACUGGCCCUGACCAAAGAGGCUGGCCCCUGGGCCCAGCAUCGCACGGGAGAGUCUCCUCUGGAUGGGCCUGCAUUGGUCCUGGAGGCCUUGGCUGCGCUGCUGACUGACGCACCAGGAGCGGUGCAGAGGGGAGGCGGGAGAGGCCCCGGCCCUCGCCCCGCACCGGUCCCACAUCUGCUCGGGCGGUGGUUGCUCAUGGUCGAUGCACUCAGAGUUCCUGGGGCUGAGGACCCCAGCAGCCUGCUUGCCCCCAGGACAGAGCGGCCGAGCCUCACACCAUGUGCCCUCCUCAGCUGCCCAGCUGGAGCCGGGUCCCAGGUGAGCAUCUCUGCCUGCCUCACCCCGGGGCCGGAGGCUGCGCCAAGGCCACCACGUGCCGCCCACAGAUGCCCACCGACGGGGCCUGAUGGCUUCCUUCCUUGUGCCAAGUCACCCGGGAGCCCUGGUCCUGGUGGCCCCUCCUCCACCCCAACUGUGUCCACUUCUGGGAGCCUGCCAGCCUGCGGACUGCAUCCACGGAGCUCUGGGGACAGCCUCUGAGAGACUGUGACACGGGGCUGCACGGGAGGAGAG